CCCACAGCCCUUGAAGGCAGCGCCGGUCCUCACAGGGUGGGAGGGGGGUGUUUAUAACACGCAGUAAAAACUCCAACACACACACAACUGCGUGUGUUUUCCUCCAGCACAGACAGGUAGUGCACAGGUGCGGGACAGAGACAGAGACACCCACAACCCGCACACACAGCAGGACGACACACGGCCUGACUGCCUAUCGAUCGAUUACUAAUUGAUUAGUGACUUGAGCCUGUCAGCAGGAUCUCACUGUGUCCAACUGCAUUGGAUCACACUACCGUCCCGGUGUCGGACACAACAUUCAACAGCGCUGCCAUGCCUUCUCUGCGACACUCGUACACGGUGACGGUACCGGAGGAGCCGGCCGCUCUCCCCACAGACAAGCCCGAGCUGCGGCGGAAGAGUCCGUCGUUGUCCCGGUCCAAACUGGUGUCCACGUUCAUGGGUCUGAUCAUCAACCAGGCCAAGCACAAAGGUCCUCAAGGCCUGGUGGGACUGAGGAACCUGGGCAACACAUGUUUCAUGAACUCCAUCCUACAAUGCCUGAGUAACACUCCCGAGCUGAGGGAUUACUGCCUGAGAAACGUCCAUCGCACAGACCUCAACAACAACUGCAUGACGAACGCCGCUCUCAUGGAAGAGUUUGCCAAGCUGACUCAGAGCCUGUGGACGACUGUGAACAACGAGGCCAUCAGUCCCUCUGACUUCAGGAGCCAGAUCCAGAGAUACGCUCCCAAAUUUGUGGGCUGCAAUCAGCAGGAUGCCCAGGAGUUCCUGCGUUUCCUAUUGGACGGCCUCCAUAACGAGGUGAACAGAGUGACAGUGCGACCGAAGGUGUCUGUCGAGGACUUUGACCACCUCUCGGACGAUGAAAAAGGAAAGCGGAUGUGGAACAUGUACUUGGAGAGAGAAGACAGCAAAGUAGUGGAUCUGUUUGUUGGUCAGCUGAAGAGCUCUGUGACCUGCACUGUCUGUGGCUUCCGCUCCACUGUGUUUGAUCCAUUCUGGGACCUAUCCAUACCUGUUGCACAGAAGAGCACAGGCGAAGUGACUCUCAAAGACUGCUUGAGGCUCUUUACAAAAGAAGAUGUGUUGGACGGAGAAGAGAGACCGACGUGCAACAGAUGCAAAACCAGAAGGAAAUGCACCAAAAGAUUCAGCAUUCAGAAGUUCCCUCAGAUCCUCGUGCUUCACCUGAAGCGUUUUUCAGACUCCAACAUCCGAACCAGCAAACUCUCCACGUACGUCAACUUCCCUCUCAAAGAGCUGGACCUGCGGGAGUUCGCCUCAGAGAGUGGCGAGCGUGCUGUGUAUAACCUGUACGCAGUAUCCAACCACACGGGAAACGCUUUGGGAGGCCAUUACACAGCCUACUGCAAGAACCCGGCGCUGGGAGAGUGGUACAACUACAACGACGCCAGGGUGAGUCCAGUGUCCUCCAGUCAGGUUCGCAGCAGCAACGCCUACGUCCUCUUCUACGAGCUGGCCCCCACCCCACACAGCAAAUAUCAGACGUGUCGACUCUGACGCCGUGGAGGAGUUGACAAGCUGCACUGAACUGCUCUCAAGAAUGGAGUCAGACACUGCCUGCUGCAAGGGAGCUCCUCCUGGUGGAGAGAGUCCUGCCAUUACAGACUGUGAAUAUGGAGCACAAAGAGAACAAAACGCCAUCUGACCUUCCACUCAGUGUGUUUUUGAGAAAAGGGUGGAUGUGAAAGCACAUUCAAACUAAAGGAUGUCAAGCUGAGCUCAUAAGUUGAAUGGAACUUAAGUGACACUGGGAAAAUACUGUUAAAAGGGUGUGGAAAUUCAGCUCAAGAGGCAGCUGUUAGUCCAAUUAAAAUGCCUUUUUGGACAUCAAGAAGACCACCUUCACUCUAAGAAAAGACAUUUUACAGCUGUGCCUAGACCUGAAUCUACACCCACUUGAGUGGAUUUUUUUUUUCUUUUUUAAUGUACUUUGAACAUGGACUAUUAACCUUAAGGACAUUACUGUGUGAUGACAUUGCAGAGAUUUGCCUGACAUAGCAACUGCAAGACCUAAUUUAUUCUAUUUAACAUAAUGCCAGUAACUGAAAGUGCAUACUGUAUAUGUCAUUGAACAAAGCCUUAUGGUUUCCUCUUAGAACAGUGGAAAUCCACUACUGGAGUGAGGAUGUUUUAUGUCAGAGCACAUAUUAUUUUUGUACAGUAUUUAUGGACAGCACAGUGAAUGUAACUGUACUGUGGGAAAGCCAGACAUACCAAAGCAGCUGUAUAAAAAUGCAUCAACAAGACUUCUUUCAGCAAUAAUGCUGCUGAUUUUACAUCCAAGUCAAUUCAGAGAAUGAUUAGGAUUUAAAUAACUCACCAUGAAGAUCUGGCAUGAGAGGGCGAUACCCACAGACCUCAGAGAUGUCAUCCUUUGUAAAAAGUGAGGCAUGACAGAGUGUGGAAACUACAGUGGCGUCUCACUCCUGUCCACAACUGGGAAGAUUAAUGCCCACAUUUCUUUCAUAAGACUCCUCCCAUUAUCAGAAGAAGUCGUCCCUGAAUCAUAGUGCAGUUUCCGUCCUGCCUGUGGUACAACUGACCUGAUCCUUCAAGCUAGACAGUUACAAAAAAAUGAAAGGAAACAAAACCAACCAAUAGAACUGGCCUCCAUCGACCUUACCUAAGCAUUCGACUCUGUGAACCGUCAGGCCCUCUGGACAUUCCUGUCAAAGUGUGGAUGUCCAGAAACUCCAUUAGGAUUCUGAGGCUCCUUCACGUCAGCAUGUCAUGGCACAGAGACCAAACCUUUCAAGGUAGAUAUUGCCAUUAAACAAGGACGCAUCAUUGCCCAUAGCCUUUUCCUCACCUAUCACAGUUCCCCCCUGUGUCCAGAUCAUCUAUAAAUCAGAUGGCAAGCUGCUCAGCUCUUUUGAGACCAAGAUCUUUCACAUAUCCAUCGUGUGCUGCAGUAUGCAGACGAUAACAUCAUUAUAGUCCACACAAUUAAAGAUCUUCAGUGCACUCCCACCAGACUCCUCUGCAUCCCGCCAACAAUACCAAGCGACAGUAGCUCCUUUUACACCACCUGUUCAAGGUGGGAAUGUUGCUCCAUUAUUGCGCAUUGCCAUUCAGUCUCAGAAUGCGGGGAAGGAGUUGUCUGGCCUUUAAGCCGGCAGCAAAGGUAGUAACAGCAGAACCCUGGAAUGCUUUCUAAAAUCAUAGAGUGGGGCUGCAUUAUGCUUGCAUUUUUUGGUUCUGUGUAAAAAAGCAAAGCCAACAUAGUAAAGGGUUUUCCUUGCCUCCCAGUCAUGGGAUCUCUGUAAAAAAAAAAAAAAAAAAAAGAAAAGAAAAAAUGUGGACCAGGUCCUCUACCUUGGAAGUCACCUCUUCUCAUGGGCAGACAUUGGCCAUGAGGUACACCAGCACAUCUGCUGUGCCAGUGGGGCUGUUGCAAAGCUCCAUAGAAGAGUAUUUGAAAGCUCUGACUUGCUUGUAAAGGUCUACAAAGCAGUUAUCUUGCCCACUCUUUUAUACGGUGACAUCUGGAGUAAGCAUAUAAGAGUCGUGAGAGACAUUAAGUCCUACCACCAGAGAUGCCUACAAAAACUCUUGCGCAUCAGCUGGAAGGAGAAGCGCACUAAUGUCAGUGUUCAUUAGGAAGCAACCAUUGACAGAAUUGCCACCGACAUUAUUUGACACCAGACAAGAUGGACAGGCCAUGUAAUAUCGGACACACGCCUCCAGAAACUGUCCUAUAACUCACAACUAAAUGUUGGCCAACAAACAUCCCAAGGUCAGAAAAGGCAUUUCAAGAACAACAUUUUGAUCAGCCUCAAAAAUCACAUAAACAGAUCAAACUAUCUGGACAGAUUAUGCUAAAAACAGAACCCCAUGAACAGUUUACAUGAAGGAGCCACAUUCCAUAAAGACAAUCUCCGAAAUGCUGCCAGAGUUGAGCAGCAGCAAAAGAAGAGUCCCCACCAAAAAGACUCUCCAUAUUCCACUUCCAGCACCUCACAUCAAUGCCCACACUGCAAGAAAGUUUGUGGCUGUGGUUGUUGAAUUGUUCUCUUCAGCCAUUUGAGACCUACAAAAUGGAUGCCCCAGGGGGACUAUCAUGAGCUACCGCCAAUGAUGAGGACUGUGGGAAAGCCAGACUUACCAAAGCUGCUGUAUAAAAAUGCAUCAACAAUUCUUUCCCAGCAAUAAUGUUGCUGACUUGACAUGUAAGUCAGUUCAA